AUGGAAAAUCGUAGCAAUAGUAAGAUUUCCGAACCCCGGUUCGAACGCCAGGAGGUGCAUGUAACUGAUAAGGAAUACAAUGAUGUGCCGCCAGAAUUUGAAAAUGUGAAAUAUGGCCAGAAUGCGCACCAGGAAGUUAUGCCUGUUGACUCUGAUGGCGAGAAACAGAAGCUUCGUCCUUCUUUGAACAUGCACGGUUUGCCUGACAAGUUACAUGUUUCUAAAUGGCUUGUCAUUCGUCAAUCCGAACUUUUGGCAGCUGAAUACGAUUGGUGGCCUUUUAGAAUUCUACUAUUAUUCUGUGCGUUUAUUUGCGGUUAUGGUUACGGAUUAGACAGUAACAUUAGAUUUAUCUACACUUCAUAUGUGACGAAUUCUUUCAGCGAACACUCUUUACUCUCUACGGUCAAUGUUAUCAAUGCUGUUAUUUCGGCGGCUUCUCAGAUCGUGUAUGCAAGAUUGGCAGAUGUGUUUGGUAGAUUGACUUUGUUCAUCACCGCAGUUGUUUUUUACUCCAUGGGUACCGUGAUCCAGUCUCAAUCCUAUAACAUUGAAACGUAUGCUGCUGGUAGCAUUUUCUACAAUCUAGGUUAUGUUGGUGUUGUUCUGGUGUUAUUACUGAUUUUAUCGGAUUUUUCCUCAUUGAAAUGGAGAUUGUUCUACCAAUUUGCUCCAACUUGGCCAUUUAUCAUUAAUACUUGGAUUUCUGGUAACAUUACUUCGAGGGCUAACCCUCAAGAGAAUUGGUCUUGGGAUAUUGGAAUGUGGGCCUUUAUCUUCCCAUUAUCAUGUGUUCCAUUAAUCUGUUGUAUGCUUCACAUGUGGUGGAAAGCCAGAAGAACAGAAGAAUGGAAGAUUCUUAAUGAGGAGAAAACUUAUUUCAAGACUCAUGGUUUGGUUAGCUUCAUUAAGGAAUUAUUUUGGAAAUUGGACACUAUUGGUACCUUUAUUAUGACAGUAUCAUUGGGUUGUAUAUUAGUUCCAUUAACACUGGCUGGUGGUACCAGUUCAAAAUGGGAUGAUUCUCAAAUCAUUGGUCCUCUAGUUCUUGGUGUUGUUCUAUUGCCAAUGUUAAUAGUUUAUGAAUUAAAAUGGGCGAGGGAACCAAUCUUACCCUGGAAGUUGAUUAAAGACAGAGCUGUUUGGGCAUCGAUGAGUAUUUCAUUUUUGUAUGAUUUCAUCUUUUACAUGGCCUACGAUUACUUGUAUACCGUUAUGAUUGUUGCUGUUGACGAGUCAGUUAAAUCAGCCACCAGAAUUUCUUCAUUGAGUGCUUUCGUUUCAACAGUAUUUUCUCCAUUUUUCGCACUUUAUAUCACUAGAGUUACAAGGCUUAAACCCUACAUAAUUGCUGGAUGUGGUCUUUGGAUGGUAGCAAUGGGUCUAUUGUACCAUUUCAGAGGUGGUAAAAGUUCUCAUAGUGGUAUUAUUGGUGGUCUAUGCGUUUGGGGUGUGGGUACUACAAUGUUCACCUACCCAGUUAACGUUUCUGUUCAAUCUGCUACUUCUCAUGAAAAUAUGGCUACGGUUACUUCUCUUAAUUAUACAUUAUACCGCAUUGGAUCUGCCGUUGGAAUUGCUGUCUCCGGUUGUAUUUGGACCCAAAAUUUAUAUCAUGAAAUCUUCAAGAGGGUUAAGGAUGCUAAGAUUGCUUCAUAUGCAUAUGAGCAACCAUAUAAUUUUAUCGCUGAAUAUACAUGGGGUACUCCAAUAAGGCAACAGGUUGUAGAAGCCUAUAUGCAUGUGCAAAAAUUGGAAACCUUAGUCGGUUUAGUGUUCUGUGCACCAUUGUUGCUCUUUUCCUUAUGCUUGAGGGAUCCAGAAUUGACAGAUGAAAUAGCUCACAACGAUUUAGGUGAAGGUGAAUACAUUGCUCGUGACAAAGAUUAUAUCUUUGACUGGAUUGAAGACAAGUGUAGAAAAUUCGUUCCAGGACUCCAUCCUAAAGGUCGUCAUCCUUCAUUUGCUAGUCAGGAAGCUCAGGAAGAAACACGCUCUAUUGAAGAGGGACAAGUCCCCGAUGAUUCAAGUGAUGUCGUAAUGGAAAGCGGUGAGUCUAAUUUCAAGAAGCUUCAAGGGGAAUUCCACUCGAGAAGAGUUAGCUCCCACGAACAAAAUAUUUGA